GGCAGUCCAUUUUUAAAUAAAGAAGACAAAUUCAUUGGGUCAAAAUACAGAAAGGUAGUAUAUCGUGAAUACACUGAUCAGACAUUCAGUACUCCCAAAACCAGAACAGAGGAGCAGAACCACCUGGAAAUUCAAGGGCCACUGCUUAUGUCAAACAUUGGAGAUAAAAUUAUCAUAGUUUUUAAGAACUUGGCAUCAAGACCUUAUUCUAUACAUGCCCAUGGAGUGAAAACAGACAGUUCUGUUAUUGCUGUAACUAACCCAGGUGAAACAAAAAUGUAUGUCUGGAAAAUCCCAGAGAGAUCUAGUCCUGAGAGAGGAGAUGCACAUUGCAUUGCAUGGGCGUACCAUUCAACGGUGGACAUAAUUAAGGACACUUACAGUGGAUUAAUAGGCACACUCGUUGUGUGUCACAGACAUUUCUUGCCAUCUUUUCAUAUUAAAAAGAAAGUUCAAUUUGCUCUUCUUUUUAUGGUUUUCGAUGAAAAUGAGUCAUGGUACUUGGAUGAAAACAUUAAAACAUAUUCUACCAACCCACACCUUGUUGACAAAGAGGAUGAAGAAUUCCUUGAAAGUAAUAAAAUGCAUGCCAUUAAUGGAAAGGUGUUUGGAAAUUUACAUGGCCUGACUAUGCAUGUUGGGGAUAAAGUAAGCUGGUACUUGAUGGGAAUGGGCAAUGAAAUAGACAUUCACACAGCACACUUCCAUGGCCACAGCUUUGUCUAUAAGCAAACAGAGGUUUACCAGGCAGAUGUCUUUGAUCUGUUCCCUGGAACAUUUCAAACUGUGGAAAUGAGCCCGCAGAACCCUGGAACUUGGCUAUUACACUGUCACGUUACUGACCACAUCCAUGCAGGCAUGGAAGCAACCUACACAGUGCUCCCAAAGAAAGGUAGGAGCUUAUCUAUCUCAAUGAUGUUCAUCAUGUUAAAAGAUGCAGGAUGGGGCUCACAGGCACGCCAGCAUACUCAGAACCAGUUCUGGCAUCCAGCAAUAUUUCAUGGCUUAAUAUUGAUGUCUGGGGGCCAGAAUGUUGCAAGCUGCCCAAUCAUACUUGUCUCAGUGCUGCUGCUCAGAAAGCAGAACUAG